AUGUCAUCUCCGGAUCGUCGUGCUGGAGUAAAGCGGCCGAGGACGCAAUCGCUUCCUCCCCCGGCUCUUCCUCAACUCGUAGCGGAGCAGAAUACUCCCAUCCCGCCCGCGGACAAAGAUUCACAGCGUCUUAUCGUCGUGCUCUCCAAUGCCAGCCUCGAGACGUACAAGGCUUCGCAUGGAAGCGCGAGUCGCACAGGCGUUCACCGCGAGGACAAAUAUUCGCUCCUCAACAGCGAUGAACACAUCGGGGUGAUGCGCAAGAUGAAUAGGGAUAUUAGUGACGCACGCCCCGACAUCACCCAUCAGUGUCUGUUGACCCUUCUGGACUCGCCCAUCAACAAAGCCGGCAAGCUUCAGAUAUAUAUUCACACGGCCAAGGGUGUCCUCAUCGAAGUGUCGCCGUCGGUUCGCAUCCCGCGCACGUUCAAGCGUUUCGCCGGUCUCAUGGUGCAGCUGCUCCAUCGCUUGUCCAUCCGAUCCACCAACUCCAACGAAAAGCUGCUUCGUGUGAUCCAGAACCCCAUUACUGACCACCUCCCCGCAAACUGCCGCAAGGUAACCUUGAGCUUCGACGCACCUCUGGUUCGUGUACGUGAAUACGUCGAGACCGUCGGAACAAAGGAGAGCAUCUGCGUCUUUGUGGGGGCCAUGGCCAAGGGCGCUGAUAACUUCGCGGAUUCUAUGGUUGACGAAAAGAUAUCCAUCAGCAACUAUUCUCUCUCAGCCAGUGUUGCAUGCAGCAAGUUCUGCCACGCGGCAGAGGAUGUCUGGGACAUUCUCUAA